CUUUUCCCGCGCUGUUGUCACAACACGAGAAACAACAUGGGGAGAAUUCUCCGCCUCGAAGUGAACAACUUCAAGUCCUAUGGAGGUAAGCAGGAGAUCGGCCCGUUUGCCAGAUUCACCGCAGUCGUGGGACCAAACGGCUCUGGGAAGUCCAACCUCAUGGACGCGAUCAGUUUUGUGCUCGGCGUUCAAAGCCGUCAAUUGCGGUCGAAUCAGCUCAAGGAUCUUUUGCACAAGAGUGGGCUGACACUGAGUGCCGAAACAAGUGCGCACGUUUCUCUGGUCUACGAUCUGGACCAAGAUGAACAGCAGCGCAUUCAUGCGAAGCUCCCUGGUGGAAUUACGUCAAAUGAGCUCACAUUUACACGUUGCAUCUCCGAAAAGGGCAUCGGGUCGUAUCGCAUUAAUAACCACGAAAAAUCGUAUGAAGAAUACGAAAGUACUCUCAAGGACCUGGGUAUUUUGGUUAAGGCGCGUAACUUUUUAGUGUUUCAAGGGGAUGUUGAGUCGAUUGCCUCCAAGUCUCCCGAGCAAUUGACCCGCAUGUUUGAAUUGAUCUCGUCGUCGGAAGAACUUAAAGAGGAGUACGAAAAAUGCUUGCAAGAAAAGGCCAUCGCCGAAGAAAACACGAUUUUUGCGUACCAGAAACGCAAAGGUCUGGCGGCAGAGCGCAAGAUUGUCAAGGAGCAAAAAGAAGAAGCAGAGCGCUACAAACAGCGACGCAAGGACUUGGCCAAAACGAAACAGGAGUACUACUUGUGGCAAGUGAAGCUUGUGGAGGACGAUGCGAGUGACCACAAAGAUGCGAUUGUCCAACUCCGCGAAAAGGUUGCGAAGCUCCAAGACAAGGAACACGAACUUGCCGGGGUACAGAAAGAGAAAAAGAAGUUACAUGCGACUCAGUUGAAGAAAUGCCGUCAAUUGGAUACGUUGGUCGCGGAUGUCACACGCAAGUUGGAAGACGUGGCCCCACGGACGAUUCAGUUGAACGAACAAAUCAAGCAUGACAAGAAGAAGCUCGAAGCAGCAUCGGCCAAGGAAUACACAAUGGCGAAAAAUGUGCAAAACCACGAACGGGAAAUCCUUGGUCUUCGCCAAGAUAUCAAGGACUUAAAACAUGCACAGAACGAGCUGGAUGCUUCCAAGGAUGACGAAGAGUUGGUGUUGAAAGGCACACAGCUCAAAGAGUACAAUCGCAUCAAGGAAGCUGCCCAAUUGAAGACAGCCAAACUCCGCAACGAACUCGAGUCGCUGCGCCGUCAGCAGCAAGCCGACAAUGGCCGGUUGCAAGCGCUGUUGCGAGACGAAAAAGAACACACCGACGAGUUGUCUCGUAUGAAUGAAGACCAUGCCGUUGCCGAGGCGCGUCUUGUGGACAUUCGCCGCGUGGUUGCCAGUAGUACGGCAGAGAUUGACGACACUGAAGCGGAGCUCCAGAACGCUGAACAAUUUGAAAAAUCCCUGGCCGACAAGAAACUAGCUAACAAGGCGGAACUGGACAAGAUUCACUCGAAAUUGCGCAAUGUCAAAGACGGCAUGCGGCAAAGCCAGGCUGAUCAACGCAAGGUGGAGACGCUGGAAACUUUGACGCGGCUGUUUCCUGGAGUCCGCGGUCGUUUGGUCGACUUGUGCAAACCAAUUCAACGCAAAUACAACAUGGCGGUGACAGUCGCCACUGGAAAGUACAUGGACGCGCUUGUUGUGACCGAUUACAAAACUGCCGGAGACUGCAUUCAGUAUCUUCGCGAACAGCGCUUAGAGAGCGUCCAGUUCAUUCCACUUGACAAAAUCCGUGUGACUCCUCCAAACGAGCGCUUCCGUCGACUAGGGGACAACAUCAAGUUGGUCGUGGACGUGAUUGAUUGCGAUCCGGAGUUUCAACCUGCUGUGGCGUACGCUGUGUCGGAUGCCAUCGUGUGCGAUUCAAUCGAAGAUGCCAGGGAUGUGUGCUUUCGCCGUAACGAGAAAGUCAAGGCGGUAACGUUGAAUGGUAUGGUGGUGAGCAAGAACGGCAGCAUGACUGGAGGGAAGACCUACAAGGACACGGCACGCUCAGAGCGAUGGGAUGAGAAGGAAACAGCUUCGUUGAAGGUUAAGCGCGACGAAUUGCAGGCGGAACUGUCUGCACUGGAGAAGGAAAGCACCGGCGUCGUGCGCAAGCAAACGCUCGAAACGAAGUUGGGGUCGUUGAUGAAUCGUUUGCGAUAUGCCAAUGCCGACAUCAAGACAACCGAGUCCAAAUUACCCAAGAUCCUGGCACGGAAACAAGAAUGCACGAAGAUCCUCAUGCAACUGGUCCCUGAAAUCAACAAAAUUCGUGGGGCUCUCAGUGCUCGCGAAAGCAACUUGACAAGCUUGGAACACCAAAUCAACUCGGUAGAAGACACUAUGUUUGAAGGGUUCAGUCAACAGUUUGGCAUUCCCAGCAUCCGCGAGUACGAAGAAAAAGUCGUCAAGCAGCAACGUGAACGGCUCGAACGACGGCGUCAGCUUGAUUCGCACUUGGCCAAAGUGCAGGCGCAGCUGCAAUACCUGGAAGCCCAAGACCUGCCCUCUGAGUGGGAGAGGGUGAAGGAUGUGAUUUCCAAGCAAAAGCGACACCUGAAAGAACUCGAGUCUGAGAAGAAAGGCCUUCAGGCAAAAACAGCCGAACUAGAGGAGACGUCAACCAAACACGUCGAGGCGGCUACCGCUGCCCACGACGCACUGAAGGAAAUCGAGCACGAACUCAAAAUCUUGAUGAAGAAGCGUGAUGAUCACAACAACAUAAUGACCGGAGUCCAGAAGCAGUUAGCUGUCGAAGAGACAGCACUUGAACGGUUCAAGGACAAAAAGACCGAAAUCCUGAAGCGCGCCACGAUGGAUCAGGUCAAGCUGCCUGUUGUUGGGGAAGCUGCGACAGCCAUUGACGACGACGAAAUCGGAGAUAGUGACAUCGACAUGUCGAGCCAUUCCAUUGUUGCGACAGGGUCGUCAGAAGAGUCAAUUUCGCUGACUUAUCAAGCGGGCGAUCGCUACGCGGACAAGGAAAUCAAUUUUUCCACCCUCGAAGACCUCCAUUUGGACACUGACAAAAUGCGGCAAGACCACCUCGUCAAGUACGAGCAGCUCAUCUCGACCAUCGCGGGCGACCUUGAGCGCAUGCAGCCCAACUUGAAAGCGUUGGAAAAGUACGACGAAAUCCAAGCUCGUAUUUCGAGGGAAGAAGAGGAACUCGAGAAGAUUAAGGUGGGCUUAGCUCUGAACUGAACUCAGCCGUUGCGAACGCUCUGCUCUAGGCGAAUGCGGCCCUGGCUUGUCAGCGAUUUGAAGCAGUCAAAGACGCACGGUUCGAACGAUUUAUGGAAGCAUUUAACCACGUGUCCGAGUGUAUCGAUGAGACGUACAAGAACUUGACCAAGAGCUCCAAGCAUCCUUUGGGAGGCACGGCAUAUUUGAGUUUGGAAAAUCCAGAGGAGCCGUACUUGCACGGAAUGAAGUACAACGCCAUGCCACCCAUGAAGCGAUUCCGUGAAAUGGAGCAAUUGAGUGGCGGGGAAAAGACUGUCGCUGCACUGGCGCUCCUCUUUGCAAUCCAUAGCUACCAUCCAUCGCCAUUCUUCGUCCUGGACGAGGUGGAUGCUGCGCUUGACAACGUGAACGUCAACAAAGUGUCGACGUACAUUCAGAAGUGCGCAUUCCAGUGCGUCGUGAUUUCGCUCAAGGACGCGUUCUACGAGAAGGCAGACGCUCUCCUCGGUGUGUGCAAGGAUAUCUCGUCUCAACGAUCCAAGGUGCUCACACUGGACCUCACCGCGUACGACGACUAAGCAUGAUGAAUGCACGCUCUCUACAGUGAACCGGGAAAAAACUCGCAAGCGUUGUACCAUCAUUAAAUUUGCAGUGGGAUUCGUUGAUUU